AUGCGGUGCGGGAACCUUCUCGUGUGCUUCGCGUCCUUGGCAGUCGCCUCGGCCUUCAGCUCCCCUCCCCGGGCCGCAGCGACAGCUUUGGAUAAAUUCACUCUUCGAGUACCCGACGAACAUAUCAGGGAAUUCCAAACCAUCCUCACCGUGUCGAAAGUAGGCUCCAAGACAUGGUACGACGACCGCGGCGACUCGACGUUUGGCACGACACGGCGUUGGCUUGCCGGGGCGAAACAGGCCUGGCUCAAGCUCAACUGGCGCAAGCAAGAGAAGCGCAUUAACUCGGUACCCAACUUCAAAUUCACCGUCAAUGACGCCGACGUCGGAGCUACCACCCUUCACUUCGCUGCUCUCUUCUCUACCAAGGAGGACGCGAUUCCACUCCUGUUCCUUCACGGUUGGCCCGGGUCGUUCCUUGAGUUUCUCCCCAUGCUGGACCUGCUCCGCAAGAAAUAUACCCCGGAGACCCUACCCUACCACAUUAUUGUACCUUCACUCCCGCACUACGGACUCUCUGGCGGCCCAUCACAUGUGGAGCUCACGCUAGACGCAGCAGCGCGCCUCUUGCAUCAAUUGAUGGCAGACCUUGGGUUUGGCGACGGCUUUGCUGUCCAGGGAGGCGACAUUGGAAGCUUUCUGGCUCGGAUUUUGUGUGCCGAAUACUCGACAUGCAAAGCGUUUCACAUCAAUAUGCUGGCUCCUUCGUCCCCGGAUGAACUCCUCAGCUCCGAUAACCUAACGCAGGAGGAAGUAGAUCAUGUCCAGCGCAUGCUGAACUUCAGCACGACUGGCUCGGCGUACAUCCUAGAGCACGGCCAGCGACCCUCCACCAUCGGCCUAGCCCUCUCCUCAAGCCCUCUUGCGCUAUUGUCCUGGAUUGGCGAAAAACUCAUCGAGUGGCCCGAUCAGCGAUAUCCUCUACCUCUUGAAACGAUUCUAACACUAGUGAGCUUCUACUGGUACACCGACACUUUCCCGAGGAGUCUGUAUCCGUACCGUGCCCUGGCAGCUUCUGCGUCCUCGGGGGGGUUCUUCUCAGUCCCAACAUCCAAGGAAAAGCCGUUCGGGUAUUCGGUGUUCCCGGCAGAGAACAUUCUGGUGCCCGAAGCGUGGGCGGAGCAGAUCUAUCCCAACCUGGCGUUCUAUAAGAGACAUGACAAGGCACGUAUCGGUGGACAUUUCGCGGCACUGGAGCAGCCUGAAGCCCUCCUGCAGGAUGUGGAAGAGUUUCUAGCAAAGGCUUGGCUCACCCAAACUUAA